GUCUGUGUUGUGUUGAUCGGCUCUAGUCUUGAAAUGCGGCUCAUCGCGAAUCUCAACUUUUCACUUUUUCAACCCUUUAAUUUUCCCGAGGAUUUAUAAGUUUUGACUUCAGAAUAUCUUCGUACCCGACGCAUCAAAGUGACUCGCGACGAUAAGCAGAAGUGCGUCUCAGUGUGCCAGUUAAAAGUGUGGGUUGACGGGAUUUCAUUGUUGUCUCAGAAAGGCUUCUUUUUCUCGUCGGUCCAUUUGCGUAUUGAUUUGAUCGUGAUUUUCGAAAUUUAUAUCUCCGCGAUCGGGUUUUCGUGCGCCGAUAAUAUUUCAUUGAGCACCGCGAUGUGAGAGAUCAGCUUGGUGUUUGCUCUAUCGCGUUAUUUACCUCAAACACAAUGAGACUAUCACCCUCCGUCUAGACUGAGGCUAUCGGGCUAUCGAGCUGAGAAAACACCAAUAAAGAAGUGAAAUUCUUUUUCAAAUGAAGUGAUAUCUAUUCCGGUGGAGUGCAAAGUUUGUCAAUUUCAAACCGUGUUUUCAAUACUCGAAGUAUGAUCCUAUCUUUCUAGUGGCCUUUCAGUUUGGAUUACUGCCAUCAUAGUUUUGCGGAUCUGAAGUUAUCAUUAUGAUGUUGGCGGCCCGGAGGCGGUAGAAGCGGGGCUUGAGCUUGAGGAUGGACCACAGCGUGAAGGCGAUGCCGUCGCACCGGAAGCUGGUGUUCUCGCGGCUUCUGGACCGGCACCGCUUCGAGAACGACGAGCUCGAGUCCCUUUACCAGCGCUACAUCUGCAAACUCCAACACUCCUCCGUCGCUUCGGUCGUCGGCCUCUUCAUCCUCCUCACCGCUCUCCUCGCUAAUUUCAGCUUAAUUUAUGCGCAAACUCCAACAGCGCAAAAUGUAUACCACCUGUUUCACUGCUGCAUCUUUACAUUCCUGCUCAUCUUCAUAAACACGCGUGCCAUGGAUGAUGCUUACUUGGUGUGGGUCUGCUACGGCAUUCUCUUUUUCUGUACCUCCUUCGUAGCUGCUUCCCUUCCUUUCAGUUCUUCAACUCCAGAACCAAGCCCUAAUUUCCCGCUCAAGAUGGAGACAAGGCGUGUGAUCGCAGAAGGUGUUUGGCAGGUGCUGUUUGUCGUUUUCCUAGCGUAUGCCAUGCUACCCAUCAAAACUUGUAUCGCCACUUUAUUUGGGCUCAUCUUGCCAUUGUUGCACCUUAUUAUCUCCAUGACAUUUUCAAAGGAGUUCGUCAAUCUCUCCAUUCAACAGGUUGCAGCAAAUGUUAUUACAUUCAUAUGUAUCAACAUAGUUGGUUUCUUCCUCCACACUCUGAUGGAGAAUACUCAGAGGAAAGCUUUUUUAGACACGCGUAACUGUAUUGCAGCUCGGUUGGACAUGGAAGAUGAAAAUGAAAAAUUGGAACGUUUACUGUUAUCUGUUCUUCCUCAACAUGUUGCAAUGGAAAUGAAAAACGACAUUAUAUCUCCGGUUGAAGGGCAGUUUCAUAAAAUUUAUAUUCAACGCCAUGAAAACGUGAGUAUCCUGUUUGCAGACAUUGUUGGAUUUACUGUUUUGGCAUCACAGUGCACAGCUCAAGAACUUGUCAGACUUUUAAACGAGUUGUUUGGCAGAUUCGACCAAUUAGCAAAUGAUAACCAUUGUCUCAGGAUAAAAAUUUUAGGUGACUGCUAUUACUGUGUCUCAGGAUUACCAGAACCACGCUCAGAUCAUGCUCAUUGCUGUGUCGAGAUGGGCCUUGAUAUGAUUGAUGCAAUAGGGUCAGUUGUGGAAGCAACAGAUGUACACUUGAACAUGCGUGUUGGUAUUCACUCAGGGCGAGUUCUAUGCGGAGUUCUUGGACUGCGAAAGUGGCAAUAUGAUGUGUGGUCCAACGAUGUCACUCUUGCUAAUAAUAUGGAAGCUGGUGGUGAACCAGGGCGCGUGCACAUUACUCAAGCAUCGUUAGAUUCUCUGGGUGGUGAGUACGAAGUGGAAGCUGGUCAUGGUGCCUCUCGUAAUCAAUACCUUAGAGACAACAAUGUCACAACGUAUUUCAUAGUUCCUCCUGCUCAUCGCAGAAAGCCAUUGCUGUUUAAUACUCUCCAGGUGCGCUCUGCCCUCGGUGCUGCUCAAAGGCGUAAAUUAUCGUUCAAAAAUGUAUCAAACGUAGUUGUCCAAUUAUUGCAUUCAAUCAAAUACUCAGUAGAAGUACCGUUCUCAAACAUGGCUCCAAUGGGUGAUAUGAAAAAUGGACCAGCUCGAAAGGACUUGGUGCUGGAUUUGCAGCGAGCUUUGCACGCUGACCAUGCUUCAGUCCCCGGUCAUUUUAUGCCUGGAGACUCCUAUCGCAACAUGGGAAAAAAUAAGGUCACGGAUAAAUUAAAGCGCCCGUUUAAGAAGCGUCACUCGAGCGUGUACCAUCAACCAACCAACCGUGUCAACAAAUAUUUGUCUCAGGCUAUUGAGGCACGCAGUGUAGACCGAGAAAAAGCGACUCAUGUUAAUCUUAUUAGUUUAACUUUCAACGACAAAGAGAAAGAACGCCAGUACCAUAGUGACGUGAAUGAAGGGUUCACAAUCUCAUUAGCUUGUAGUUUAGUCCUGUUAGUUCUUAUUGCUGGUCUUCAGGCAACCAUUUUACCUCGCACCAUAAUUUUGUUGUUACUGUUCCUGACUGCGUUUGUCUGGAUUUCUGUAGUACUGAUGCUUCUGCUAGCUGUCCGACUUGGUUGGAUACUGUGGGAUAUUUCUCAGAGUUUUGCCCUUCGUUUAGCAAUAACUACUUUUACGAUAGUUUUAAUUUGUACAAUGGCGCAAGUGAAUAUGUUAACAUGUCGAACUGAUGCACCUUGCUACGCUCCAUCUGCAAUGGCAAAUGUUACCGAGUGGACAUCGUACAACGAUCAUCGAGCCUGCCCCUUACCACAAUAUGCUGUGAUCAGUUGCACCUUAGGAUAUCUAGCAGUCGCAUUAUUUCUGACCUUACCCAUUCUAAUCAAAACAGCUCUUGUCUGUGUCAUGGCCAUCAUAUUUAUCAUGCUCAUCGAGCUGUCCCAUAUUCAGCUUUUCAGUUGCUAUGAUACAAUUGUGCAAUCAUUGGUGCCGCUGCAUGCUUAUAACAUUGUUUUCGUCAUCAUAUUUCUGAUAGCAAUAAUUAUUCAUGGAAGGCAGGUUGAAUGGACCGCUCGCCUUGAUUUCCUGUGGCAAGUGCAAGCGAACGAAGAAAAACGAGACAUGGAAGCCCUUCAGAAUAGCAAUAAACGAAUUCUCUUCAAUCUUUUGCCAGCGCAUGUGGCUUCACAUUUCCUUGACAACCAAUUCCGCAGCAACAUGAACACUCUCUCGCAGGACUUAUAUCAUCAAAGUUACAGCCGUGUUGGAGUAGUCUUUGCAUCGAUCACGAAUUAUCAUGAAUUCUACAUGGAAUUAGAUGGUAACAAUCAGGGUGUAGAAUGCCUUCGACUCCUCAAUGAAAUAAUAGCAGAUUUUGAUGAGCUGCUGGGAGAUGAGCGGUUUCGAGCAAUUGACAAAAUUAAAACUGUGGGUUCCACCUACAUGGCUGCAAUUGGCUUGAUUCCUGAGUACCGAAUUCAAGACGAUGACCAUUCGGCAGGGUACUACAUGAGCACACUAGUGGAGUUCAUUUUUGCCAUGCGAGACAAAUUAGUUUGCAUCAAUGAAAAUUCUUACAACAAUUUCAUGCUUCGAGUUGGCGUAAACAUUGGGCCUGUUGUGGCAGGAGUUAUUGGUGCAAGGAAGCCCCAGUACGAUAUUUGGGGUAACACUGUGAAUGUGGCUAGUCGUAUGGAUUCCACCGGUCUCCCAAACCACACUCAGGUAACGGAAGAAGUGUUCCAAGCUUUAAAGAAUCACCCGUAUGAAUUUCAAUGCCGAGGAAAAGUGAAAGUAAAAGGCAAGGGAGAAAUGACAACAUAUUUCCUAACAGAUCGAAAACAACCAGGCACCAUGCGUGUGGAAGAAAUGAACAAUCUUCGAAGUGGAGGUGGCGGCGGCACAGGCAAUAUGUAUGGAGGAGUUGCAACUCCCUUAGCUUUCUUAAACCAUGUGCAGCAAGUCCAGGCGCAUGAAAAACCGUACAAACAACAUAGGGUCAACAGGCACCACUCAGAUCGCAGUCGAUCAGGCUCCAAUCAUAGAACUCCAGAAUCAGAACCUCUACUAUCAAAUGGCAAUCAAAUGUUGCGAAUGUUAUCUCAGCAGUCGCGACCUGCUUUGUUACCAUUAGUAGGAAGUUCACGCUCUAAACCUCCACCUCUACCUCCUCAUAAAGGCAUUACACAAGUGUUCCCGCCAAUGAACAAUCCUCCUAUGAAUAACUUUAAGUAUACUCCUCCAGGCGUGUGGUCACAAGGAAGCAACUCUAGUAAUAGUAGCUAUAAUAAUUUUGGUGUAAAUAGUAACUGCAAUCCAAAUUUCUCCCAUCAUAUAGUUCCAGAAACCACCUCCAGACAGUAUAAUGUAAAUAACCAUAAUAUCACCAGCAGUAUUACAAGUCAGAGUCACUCGAAAAGCCAUCGCGUCGAACAAGAAUCGUGGCAGACAGCUAGUCAAGAUAUUAAACCGUACAUGAAACCACUUCCAAAGCCGCCAAAAUCAGAGAAGCACAAAAGCAGUAAAAAGCAACAAUAUUGGCCUCAGCAUCUUCUUAGACAUUAUUCCGAUGAGUCACUUCAAGGUUCUGGCAUGAAUGUGGGCCAGCAGUAUCGUGUGCACUCAUCUGCCGAUGAGAUUAGCUCCUUAAAUCAUUCUCCAAGUAUGAGCUCUUCGGAUGAAAGUUACAGUCGGACAACAGAUGCCUCACCAUCCCCAUCUCCACCUUUACCAGCUCGGCAGCAGACUGACGCUAACCAGUGGAUCUUCCCAUCAGACAUCCAAGUCAAUGUCUGCUCAAGCCCAGAAACAUCUCCGAAAGUCUCCCACGACUAUAUUCCUCCUCAAUGUUUAGUCAACAACAAUCACUCUGAUUCGCUCAAUAGGUCCUCAAAUAAGAUGAACGGUUAUGGAAGCGGUCGCAAUAAAUCAAAAUCUUCACCCCAUAAAAACCAAAGAGGAUCCGGUUCAAACUCAAGGAAACCGGAAAAAUUAUCAUCUAAUGCUUUGAUGGCCCUAGCAGGAAGUGGAACUACUACUGUCGAAACCAAUCAAAGUGUCGGCUCCAACCCGGGCGAGAGUUGCGGCAGUUUUGAAUUCCAAAAAUCAAAACCCAAAGUCAAAGGAAGUCCAAGCAGCCUUAAGAAAAGGUCAGAUGCCGACAGUUUGGAUGGCUCAAACGUAAUUAGUGAUAUCAAAACCACGGAAUCAAACGAGGAAGCAUGUUCCAAGAACCAUCUGAGCGAUCAGAGCGUGAAUGAUAAAGAGUGUGGUACUGCCAAUAGUUCAACGAGCGGUCGCUCAUCAACCAAAAGAGACGGCUCCAGCCAAACAGAUCUGAAGAUUCCAGUGAAUGUGGACAUCAUCCAAACGAGACCGAACACAGCUCAAGAAGAUUCGGCCAUGAGUUUUGAGAAUGAAAUACGGAAAAUUCUCGAAGACCAGAAAAAGACACCCUCACACGAAGAAAAUGUAGAAGAGCCAUUGGUAACGAGCAGGUUGGUACCGCAGUUAGUCGAAUCGAAUAUGGCGCACAUCAUAGAGAUUGCUAGACAGCAAGAAAAUAGUUUGCUUAGUGAUAAUAUCCCUGAAAUCACAUUGCAAGCUGACCUCAUUCGCACAGAUCAAGCAUGUAGCGAGUUGCUGAGUGAGCCGCAGAUGAUCAAUGGGGAAAGAGAGGCGACUGGCAGUGAAGAUGAAAUGGAAGAAAAACAACGCUUUGAAGAAGAGGAGAAGAGAAUUGCCGAAGAAGUCGAAAGACAGGAGGCUGAAGUGCGACGGCUACUAGUUGAAAGUUCAAAGCAAGUGGGAGAGACCAGUCAGUCAGAAUGGAGUGAUGAAGAUGACGAUGAUGAAGAUAAUGACAGUGAUGAUGGUGACGAUGCAGAUGAUGAUGAAAAUGCAGCAUCGGAACCUCUCCUCAAUGACAGAGAAAGCACUGGCUACACCACAGAUGAUCCCGCUCUUGAGAACAUAUCUAUGAUCCUUGAAACUGGUCUUACUGAUGCCGAAGGUGCUCUAAGUGACGUCAAUUCUGCAUAUGAUGGUGUCGAUGACGAUUGCUGCGACAAUACUAGCAUGUCUUCCCGAGCCUCUUCUCGGCUCUUUGACUCGGACGCUGUCCUGAGCCUGGAUUCUCUCUCAGCUCUCUAUGAUUCAGAGUAUGACAAUCUCUACGCUGAUUUGACCCCAGCCUUCCCUCUCCAAACAAACAGUGCUCGCGACACUCAUGCAGAGCUAAAUAACUUUGCCAAUAUCAAGUCUGUAUCUGAAAGCAUAACAAAGAAUUUUGGACAGCCUCGUUGUAGCGAAACAGACAGCGAUGUUUAAUAAUUCCUCGCCUAGGAAUUAACGAAGAGCCCUUAUAAACCGCUAAUUUUCUUUCAGUAUGAUUGACUGUACAUUCAUUGUGCCUAAUUACUGAUUCUCCUCCUAUUUUUUUAGCGUUUUUGAAUUUUGAAGUGGAGCUCAGGCAUGAGUUUUUUUUUUUUUUUUUUUUUUUUUUUUUUGUUUUUGCAAAUUGGAGGAAUCUUUUGAAUCUCAUAGUUUUUAAAUCUUCAAGGAUUUUAGUUUUUGCUCCAUAGUAACAAAUCCUAAAACUUUACUGUAUGUAUGUUUAUUUUUUUUUUUUUUUCAAUUUAUUUAUUUUUUUUAUUAUUUUAUCUGGCUGUGGAAGAACAGUCCUACUGUGAUGAUCAAUUAUAAUUAAUAAUAAUUGCUAUUGUGUUAUUUUAACUAAGACUAUGCUUCAUAAUUUGACCAAAUUGUAAUUAAGUUGUGAACUGCUCGUGAAAAAUAAGGCGUUUGAUUUAUAUUUAUCAUCAGACUUUCAAUCUUUGUUAGCUGAUUCUGGUGAUAUAAUGCUCUAAAAUUCUCACGGUAUUCUGCAGAAUAACUGUAAAAUCAGAAUAACCUAAUACAUGUUUUCGAAAUACAAACGCAAAUCAAAACCGAAGGCUUGAAAGGUCAAAUUAAUUCAACUGUAACAAACUGAUCAAAUUAGUAGUUCUCUUAUUGUUUUAUGCAUUUAUGUAUCAAAAUCAGACUUCAGUGGCCGUGAAUACUCUGCUGUUUAUUCUUCAUCUUUUUUCUAAUUUCCACACCAUGGGUCAGUUGCACUCAUCCCAGAGUCAGUGCAAUCUAUGUCGUUUACAAAAAUUACACGAUUCGACCUACUGCAGAUAUUGAUGUUUUUUAGUUUUUUACCAUCAUGUUUAAAGGUAACCUCUCCUUCAAAUGAAAGCACUUAACCUUUUUUAAAGAUCAAUUAAGUAACUCAUGCGAUUGAAAAUAUUUCACGGUCCGAAGACAGAUUUUCAAGUUGCAUUAUAUCUCAGCAGAUGUGAGUUCAUGCCAGUAUUAAUAUUUGUUUGUAAUACCAAAGAUUUUGUUUUCCCUAAAUGUUUUCGAUAUCAUGUUUUUUUCAAAGCAUAUAUUUAGCUUCUCAUGACUCGCAUACUCUCUAUCCUUUAGGUGUGAUGAACUGUUUUGUUCAAAAAUCCGGUCUUAGUUAACUUAGUUAGUGAACAAUUGACUUAAUUGUAGCACUAGUUAUAUUGGUAAGUAUUUUACCUCACCGAAGCAUCCAUGAAAGGCGCAACUGCAGGAAUGUGUAUCUUGGUUUGCGGCGUGACAGAUUUCCUAUCAUAUUUUAUUUUCUACCGGGAAAAGUAUGGAACAUCUUUUCUUGAAAACUUUGGUGAUUUUCUUCUCUAAUUGAAAAAUAUUCUGUUGAAAUUUCAAACUAUGAUCUUGGUUUAGUCUCCUUUGAAAAAAGAAAAAAGGAGCUAGACAUCGCAAUCAAGAUAUGCAUUUUUGCAGCUUUACCGCCAAGAUUUUAUUUUUAACUGACUUUUGGCAUGCAAGCUGGAGAACAAUUUGCCAAGCUUCAAAACAUUUUCUUCUGGAACGGUUUUCCUUUUUUGCGGCUAAUGAAAUAAAUCAUUUCAUUAUCCAGGCGUACCUAGUUAGAAAUCAUUUUGAACAAAUUUUUAGGUGGUUAAACUUACAAUGAUAAUUAUUUACAUGUAUCGAUAAGAAAAUCAAAAUUUAUUGAGUAUCAGAAAGGUUUGAGAAAUUUUGAAGGUAUGAAACUGUACUUAACCUUUUUUUAUCUUUAUUAUUAAAUAAAAUACCAAAUUUUAGUUUACUUUUUGUGAGAUUUUAGAUUAAUGUUUAGUUUUGAUCUUAUAGUUUUUUUUUAAAAAAUUCUGUUUGUCUGCUGAAUAUUUGCCUUGAGGUAGUUGAAGCAACUUUAAAAAAAAUAUUCCCCCAUUCUCCCUCCUGCAGAAUCCUCCUCAAAGGCAAACUGACAACGUUUUAUUUCUCGACCCUUUCAUGUGCUAUCCAUAAACUGUACCUCACACAGAGUGAUUGAUACCUUUCAUAAAAACCAGAACAAAUAAAUCCAAAGGAUCAAGGUUUAACUUACCUCUGCAAUGACUUUUAACUUGAGAUUAUUUUGUAUACUUAAGUUAGAACAAGGCACCAAACAUACCUCAAUAAAAUGUGAACAAAUUUUUAUCUCUCCUUUUUUUGGUAGUAAUUUUACGAAUUGAAGUUAUGAAACUGAUAGAUAACAUACUAAUUUUAGAAAAAACCCUGAACUUCUUUUAGCAACCUCCAAAGGAUCACAUUUACUUAUUUUGAUGACUGUAAGCCUCAGUAGAAUUAAGAAUGUAAUGAUUAGAUGCUAUUUCUGUUUCAAUUCCAAAGAGAAAAAUUAUAGGUUUUGGAUUUAAAUCGAUAAUUUUGACCAUUAAGUCAAUUGUUAUCAAAUCGAGAUCCCGGCUCAUACGGAAAGCGAUGACAUAUCUCAUAUGAUAGUUUUGAUGGGACCCGAAUAAAAAUCUGUUCCAUCUAAAACUCAAACUAAUCAAAAUUCCAUUGUACACGAUAAAAAGGCAGGAAUUUUUAUCACCUCGUCCUUCUCUCUCUACCGAAGCAAAUACAGUAUACAACCUCUGAAGUAAAAAAACAUUUGUAUUAAAUUUAUGACAUUUAGAAAAGACAAUGUUUGUUAAAAAGAACAAACUUUCACUUCAUUUGAUUUAGUCUACUCAUCUCUCGUGUAAAUGACAUGUACAUUUUUCUCUCAGUUUCCAAGUAUAUACAACAAACAUACAUUAAAGUGUAUUGAAUUCAUAAAGGAAAGCAAGUUUUGAAAAACUACUUACGUCUCUUGUCUUAGAAUCAAUAUUGAUGAUGAAAAUCAAAAGAGGAGUCGAAACAAAACAAAAAAUGGUAACAGAAUUGACUAUGCUCAUACAUUGCCUUUUUGUCUUUUAAUUCAUUUUUAAUAUUAAGGCCUAUAAAAUCGUGAAUGAUCUGAACCGGUCCUAGAAGUGCAUGAACGCUAUGUUUUUACAAUAGUCAAUUAACUGUCUACAAUGUUUUUAUCAUGGUUUCAGGUCAACCAAAUUACUGUGCCUUCAAGAGACUGUUACUUUCCAAGACACUUACUGUGUUAUUGAUGUUUGCCAAUGCAUGUGUUUUUUUUAAUUCUUCAUGUCAACAUGUAGAUAGUUACAAAAGGCUCAUAUAAGUGAACACAAAAAAACAUCUUCUUCCUUUUCCCCACCUAAUGUAAUGUUAUGGAAGGAUAUUAUUGUGGUUUUUAUAAUUUUCAAUACUUUUCUACUUUUUUAAUCAAGGAGUAUUUGGAUGUAAUACAGUUAAAUAAAUCUAACUUUUUUUUAAGAAUUAUUACUGUGGGUUGGUUGUGCAGUUUCCGGAAGUAUUGGAAUUCUCAAAACGAGUGCAAAAGAACGAAAUCUUUAUAAAUACUAAUGUACAUUAAAUACAAACAGAGAUGUUGUUCUAUGAAAACAUGGUAGAUGACGUCAUCAACGAUUGUUUGGAUAUUACUAAGUAGUAAUCCAUGAAAUUUAACUAUAACAACAAAUCUCCGAAACAUGCACAAUUGACCCAUUAAAUAUUGCUCAGAUUUUCUUCAUCCAAAAAGCCUUAAGGACUUAGAUGGCAUUAUUACAAAAAAAAAAAACAAACAAACAAACAACUUAUCCCAUCUAUAGCAGCCUGCCUGCUCAAGGGGAUCAAAAGUCCUGUAAGCUGACUGAAAUUUAUGUCAGGUUGGUUUCAUGUGCAUGUAGACUACCUGUUAAGUUUUCAGGUGGACUGCGAUAGUUCUUGUAUAGAUCAGAUCCCACAAUAUAUUUUUAAAUUUCAUUUGCCUCUUCUCUUUUUUCUGCCUCAAUGUUUGAUCAAUAGAGGUGUUUUAGUAUAAUUCAGUAUACUUAGAUUUUCUUUCGGCAAUUUCUAUGUGUAACUCUCUCGUGCGUAUCCACUUACUUUUUACUUAGAAACAUGAUUUGGUUGAAAAUCAAAUAUGAAAAAGACUGAUUGUUCCUCUUGUUUUCAAAUGCAACUCAAGUUAGAAAUGCCUUCAUUAACUAAAGGGCUAAUUUUAUAGUUCUGCUCUAAUAGGAAUUAUUUUGUCAAUGAUUCAAUUAAAAAAAUUUAGGAGGGAUUUUCUCGCAAUAAGAAUUCACAGCCAGUAACUACUCUAAUCAUAGCAUUUUUAUAUUAUACCUGAUGAUGUUAAGCCAGUGGUGUGACUGCAAGUAUCUUUUAUAUCUUGAUUAUCUGAUGAAUUGCGGCAGAAGCUCAAGCUGGAUACUAGAAACGCUGUAUAAUUGGAAAUCCUUAUGAAAAAUUAAAACCACAUGAAACAUGUAUUGAAAAAACAAACAAAAUUAAUAAUAGAACGAAAAAAAAAAAUGAAUAAAUAAUGUGUCAACUUACCUCAUUGUCACGCUCGAUAACUAGAGAGGCGGAUAAGUGAUCAGCGGAUAAUCAAGGUAUUACUGUCUGCAUUACGCUCCAUCAGAAUGUCACAUUUUUCAAAUUUUUAGCAGGUCACACAUUCACACCUCUUGUCGUUAACAUCAUUAUUUUGGUGUAUUCCGAUAAUAUUUUAAAUAUAUUCUGUACAGAAUUUGAAAGCAGAGUCCGUAAAUGGAAGAGUUAAUUUUCAUUACUGCAUUUCUUGUGUCUGCAAAAAACUUUUCAACCUGCUAUACCAAUACUUCAGAAAGUUUUUUCUCACCGCAUGCAUUUCGAAUCUCGCUCUACCUUCUUUUUUUUAAAGUAAUUUAGAUCGUAAACGAUUUAAGAAGUUAGUAUCUUAUUUUGUCCUCUCUAUUUUUAUUUUCUUUUAAUCAAAUGUUUUAUCUGAAAAAUGUAUACCUAUUUUGAAGUUUCUCAAGGGCUAUUAAUUCACAAAUUUCAUCUAGUGUAGCAACAUUAAUUAUCGCCUUACUUAAAUUUACUUGUAAUAAGGUUCCUGUUACUAUCUCUUCCAACAAUUUUAGUUCGGAAGCUGCAAAGGUCUAAAACUAUCUGUUCAGGAAAUCUCAUUAUCAUAGUGUUGGAGGAUGAAAAAUUCUCAAGCUGAUGUUUAAUUUUUUUGCAAGAAUCUCCUAUUUGUUAAUCUUUUAUACGAUCAUUCAUUUUAUGUGUGUUUGUAAGAGUCGUCCAGAAUUUUUUCAACUUCCUCAAGCAAUUAUCGUUUGUCCAGUAGAUUUUUAGUGGGACUCGUAGAAGUUAUUUUCCAUCAAUGAACCAAAAAAGAGGCUGUAAUGCCUGAACCUUUUUAUAUCUCUCUCAAACCAAAUUGCAUUUUUUGCUUUGAAAACCGAUUAAAGAGUUAAUUUAUAUGUAUAUGAUGAAAAUCAUAGUCUCCUUUAUUUUUUGUCUUCGUUUGUCUGUUUGACAAGAAGAAAAGAAGAAACCAUGACUCGUCAAAAAUAAGAAUGUAUGUACUAGAAAAUUUCAAAGAAAGGGGUGAAACUUCCUGUGCAAUGAACGGGGUAAUCUUGUCAAAAAAUUGUUGAAUUUAAAAACUACUAUUGGAUUUUAUUAUCUUGAUGAUUUUUAUUGGUCAAAAUGCUCUAGGCUUUUGUAUCAUAUAUUGCAAUUUAUAUGUAAGAAAAAUGUUUGAAUAGUUUUGUAACAUAAUUUAUUUCGAAAGUUUUUUUUCUUUUUCUGCAAAUUUUACGAAUUUAAAAAUUCUAGAACAAAUAAAUAGAAGAAAAAAAGAAAAAAAAUUGUUUGCUUUUUGACGUGCACCUUUUGGCUUCCCCUCUCAUCAUUCUUUUUGCUGACUAUUUUUGCAUUCUUGGCUCCUCCCCCCCUCCUUAAAAUUCAUUGAUCUCUUUGAAUGCCCCAAAUUGAUUAAACAAGUUUCGCGUCUAAAUUUUUUAAAAUAGAUUACAUAUUCAAGAUUCAAACUUAUGUAACUGGUAGACAUACUCCAACUUUUUUUAAGCACCCACAAUGGACAUUGUUUCAACGAGCCAAAAGUAAAGGAUUUUCGAGAACUUUCAAAUGCUUCUCAAUAAAAACUGAUCAUUACAGACUUCUA